CUCUUGAUUGAACUACCUUUACCUCCUAGAGAUCUACGAGGGGAGCGCCAGUGCUACCCCCUCGCCGGUAGCUCGCAUCCCCGUGCCCCAACCAACCGUCGAUUCCUCUCAGUUAGGUGUUGCAAUCGCAGUUGCCUUCCGCUUCCCCGGGCCGUCUCCAGUAGCGUCGACGGACGGCUCCCAGAGCCCCAGCCCGCAAUAAGUACCGACAGCACUCGUUUCUUCGGCACCCAAGCCAUCGCCAUGGCGGGUGAGAUGGCAAUGCGCGAUGUGGCCGAGGAACACAUCUGCGCCGUCGUGUCGUCGCGCGACUGCCCGAUGACCAGCGCUCCCAACAACGAGAGUCCUCAUCGGGAGCGCGAACACUUGCUGCCGAUGCAGCAGCAAGAGCUGCAGCAGCAGCAGCAGCAGCAGCAGCAGCAGCAGCAGCAGCAAGGGCAGCAUCGCGGUCGGAAGCGUGCGCCGCUAGUGGAAGUGACGAACCUGGCGGCCAUGGGCGGCAGGGCUCGCGCCACAGCCAAGCGCGCUGCGCUGCGGCCUCAUCUCGUUGGCUCAGCGGCGAAGCACCGAGCAGCAGCGGUGGCAGCAGCGGCGAGGGAUCGCAUGCUCGGCCGAAGGCGCGCUCCCGGGACGUCCCCGACGUGCUCCCGGCGUGCUUCGCCGCGGGAGAGACGGGGUCAGGCAGCGCGGCAGCACCGGCUGGCGCACAAGCAGCAGGGGCAGCACAAGCCGCAGCAGCGCGCGAGGGGAAGCAGGUCGCAGCAGCGGUUGGAGGCGCGGCAAGGGACGUCGUCCGCGCAGCUCACCUCUUCCUCGCACCCUCUCUCGGGGCUUACCACGCUGAGACCACCCCUUGCGACGCCGUGCGACGACGACAAGGCGCAGCUGCCGUGCGAGUCGGUCGCAGUACUGCCAGCGAUGCCGUGCGACAGGGCCGCGGCUGGCGCGAGCGAAGCGGGCGUGGGGAGCUGCGGGAGCGACAGCGACAGCAGUAGCAGCAACUCCCGCGCGGACGACGGUAAUCGGUCGCGCAGCGGCAGGAAGAGGCUUGCGGGGGAAGGAUCGUCACCCGCGGAUCGGGCGGCGGAGGAGGCGCGCAUUUGCCGGGAGCGGGCGCGUGGAGAGCCGUCGUGUGUGCAGGCUGGCGUGGAGAUUGGGGGUAACGUUGCGAGAGGUGCGGAGGAGCGCUGUGGGGACGCGAGCCGUGGCAAGGCGAUAAUUGGCGAUGAUGGAUUGACCAGCACGAGAAGCACGGCGUGUGCCACGAGCCAUGGGCCCUCCGACGCGGCCAGGCAACCCAUGCGAGACCCUCAAGGCGUUCCGGGGCCAUCAGCACAGGCCCCUGCGGUACGCGGCACCAGAGCUGCCGCCCCAGCAUUCCUACCCGCCGCUGUGCCAGGGGAAGCCGCCUCUUUGCAGCAGCAGGGGGGCAGGUCGGGCGCGGGGAAGGCCGCGCGGGGGGCGGCUGCGCGGGACAUUGACUCGUCGGCGGAUCCGCAGCUGUGCGGGCGCUACGUGGCGGACAUCUACGGGCACCUCAAGGCCGCAGAGCAGCGCAGCCAGCCGCGCGCGGACUACAUGGAGGCGGUGCAGGUGGACGUGAACAGUGGCAUGCGCACCAUCCUCGUCGACUGGCUCGUUGAGGUAGCGGAGGAGUACAAGCUGGUGCCGGACACGCUGUACCUGACGUGCGCGUACGUGGACAGCUUCCUCUCGUGCCACACGGUGCCGCGCAGCCAGCUGCAGCUGCUCGGCAUCUCCUGCAUGCUCAUCGCCGCCAAGUUCGAGGAGAUUUAUGCGCCGCAGGUGGACGAGUUUUGCUACAUCACGGACAACACCUACACUCGCCACGAGGUGCUGCAGAUGGAGAGCCGCGUGCUGAACCAUCUGGCGUUCGACCUGAGCAAGCCCACCACCAAGACCUUCCUCAGGAGGUACAUUCGAGUUGCCCAAACCAGCCUCAAGGAUCCCUCACUGAAGCUGGAGUUUCUGGGCAAUUUCUUCUCGGAGCUAGCUCUGACGGACUACACGUGUCUGCGGUUCAAGCCCUCGUGCCUCGCUGCCUCCGCUGUGCUCCUCGCCAAGCUCACCCUCUUCCCUGCUCUGCCUCCCUGGACGCCUGCACUGGAGGCGUGUUCGGGGUACGCUCCUGCUGACCUGCGGGAGUGUGUGGCCUGCCUGCACGCGCUGCACUCCACCAACGGCCGCCCGCCGCCCACUGCUGUGCACCAGAAGUACUGCCAGGCCAAGUUUAUGGCCGUGGCAUCUAUUCCCAUGCCCGCCCACCUGCCGGACCCCCUCUGAUGUUGUAUCAAGAUGACUUGUGAGUCAACUCACAAGGCAUCCAUUUUCCUGCCCGCACACCUGCCGGGUCCCCUCCUCUCCUCGCGCCCCUCCGGCAUGCUAGCAGUGCCGAGGCAGCAGCAGUGUGGCAGUGGCUGCAGUAAGCGUAGCGCCGUAGAAGUAGCACAAGUAGAAGUAGCAGCAGCAGCAGCAGCAGCAGCAGCAGCAGCAGCAGCAGCAGCAGAAGCAUCCACACGGAGCAGCAGUGGCCUGUGUGCAUGGCAGCAGCACCAAGCAGGAGCAGGUGGCUGGUGUGGUGGUCCCCAGUGGUAGCUUUGGGGGUGUAUCAGUGCUUCUGGUAGGCUUGUGGGGGUUGGGCAUAAGCGACAGCAUCAGGAAUGGCUUGCAGCAAGCUGCCAUUAGCUGAGCUGUGCAGCUGCUUUUUUAUGUAUUGGGGUCUCCUAGAAAUGCGCUAGCAUACCGGUAGGUGUGAGGAAGGGGAGGUUCUAGGUGGUCUGGUCAUUAUUCUUAACAGAAUGCUUGAUAGCAAAGCGGAAGUCUUGAGCUGAACCCUUGUACUAGUACCGUAAUCCCCCGGAUAAUGGACCCGCCGGUAAGAAAGUCCAUGGGUCCUUUACCCGGGGGUGGGAUCAUCUAUUUUGGCAGACCCCGUGAGGACCCGCUUUUUGACAUGUAACAUUUUAGGACCCCCCAGCUGUGUUUUCUUGUAGGAUUUUGCAUGUAAGAAGAGAAACUGCU